CACAAUGAAGACACACAUAGCUUUUAUUGGUUCAACCAGUCUUGGGGGCUCAUCUAAGGUACUUUGCGGUGGAGGGUCAUACUUUUAGCUCCAUAGAAGUAUCCGAUAUGUCUCCGAAAGAGGUACAGUAGGCACCAACUAGAAUUUCCCUUGCAUUGCCGGAUAUAAAAUCUGCAUGUUUUCCUCCGUUGUCUUUCAGCUUUUGUAUCUCAAACCACUCAAGCCUAUCGAUCAGCUCUCAUAAGACACCUUCACCGCCACACUAUUGUAUCUUUAAGAAAUCAUUCAUACACCACCCAGCAACCAUGUCCGACUUUACAGAAAAAAAUAGACAAGUCUUUGACAAAAUGUCCAAGACAUACAAGGCCCAAUUCGAAAAGGGCAUGAAGAUGAUACACCGAGUAGUCCAAGAAAAGCGCCUUUGGGCUAGUGAUACUUGGACUGACACUGAAACUGGACAAGGCAAAGAGAUCAAGGUGCUGGAAUACGCAUGUGGACCAGGAAUUGUCUCCACGACACUAGCACCAUUCGCCACUAAAGUUGUUGGGCUAGACGUUGCGGAAGGAAUGGUCGAUGAAUACAACUCGAACGCUCGUGAGGCCGGCUUUGCAGACAAAAUGGUUGGCCGCAAAGGCGAUCUUCUAGUCGAAUCAGUGUCAGACGAUCUUUCAGGGCCGGAUUAUUCGGAUUUUGAUGUUGUAUUCGUCAGCAUGGCCCUACACCAUUUUGAAAAGCCAGACUUGGCCAUGAAGCGCCUCGGCGAACGGCUGAAGAAGGGCGGAGUGUGUCUGAUCAUCGAUAUACUCCCACAUGGCAAGCAUGACCACAAUGCUCAUGAAAUGCACAAUGAAUUUGCGGAGACCACACACACAAUCAAGACCCAUGGGUUUACCCUAGAGGAUAUGCACAAGCUUUACGAAGCUGCUGGGGUUGCGAUGAAGUUCGACUUUCAAGUCAUUGAUGAGCCAUUGGAGUUUGAGAGAGAUGGAAAGAAAUUUUCCAAGACUAUUUUCAUAGCUCGAGGCCAGCGCCAGUAAGCUCAGCCCUGUUGGAUAAUAGGAUGAUAUAACGAGACUUGCUAGUUGUUAGGUUCUGGGCUUCUGUCAAUGAGUACAUGUUAUAGUGAUCAGCAUAUGUAGAUUUCAUAAUCAGAAACAAUGCUUCCAAGUAGGUGAAGCUAGCUGUG